AGGGCCUCAACCACCUCAUGCAGCCCAUCGACCCAUCUCGAACUGAUAGUGCAGCCAACAUCGGUUUUUAUUUGCAAGUGCGUAGUGACAAGUCGAGCUUGAGCUGGAUCAUGCCCGCUUAAAAAACGCGCUCACUAGUAUCAUCUAGAAAAGACUACGAGCUGCUCGUAGUUUUCUAGUAAAGACGAUGAAAAACUACGAACAGGGACUUGCAGCUGCAUCUACACUCACAAGUACGGUCGCCGAUCAGGUUCUUUAUCACCAAGCAGGUACAACUACAAAUAAAGUACUAGGAGCACCAUCUUCUGAAGAGCACACAAAUCAUCUUGAUGAGCAUGUGUCGUCUAUUAUCUCUUCGGAUGCGGUAAGCGAGUUCUUUGGGCAGGAGCUUCUUGGUAGCUUCACAAGUUUUACGGAGACCUAUUAUGCUGGUUCGGCAAGAAUACUCGUAUUCCUGGACAACGUCUGCAGCGGGCUUUCGAGUUGGUUCAUCGCAACUGUUAAUUUCGUCUUCUCUGACCUGCUUCUGGAAAUUCUGUUCUUCGUGCUGAACACGCUGGAGCCGGGUUUCUUGGCUGGUGAAACCUGGGUUACAACAAACGCAGUGUCGCCGGUUUGGGAAGGAUCUUUUCAUGUGCGAGAGUGGUGUUGUGGCUACGAUGAAAAUGAUUUUUCAUCUCAUCUUGGCAGUAGUACCGGCAGAGAGUCACUAUCCACAGAGGCACUGUCCAGAAGGCUAUCAACGACACUGGACACCGUGGCGACCGGUAUCGCGUCUCUUACCCUCGGGUUGGAGGCGGUUUUCCUGCGGUUUUGUCUUUUUGCGAGCGGUGUGACGGUCGCUUUUCUUGGAAAAAUUGGGGAAGUAGUAGUAGUAGUUGUUCUCUGGUUUGAUUCAUUUGGCGCAGGGGGUGGAAGACAAGCCGAUGUGACUUCUGUGGCGUCAGUACAACCAGGACGACUGCAGGCGGCGACAGGACCUCCUGCGGCCACGAUGGUGCAACAAGCAGGAGGCGAGGCUGGAACUUACAUAGCUUCGUUGUAUAAUGGAAACGUAUCAUGGAAUAUUAAAGCCGCAUUACAAACUAUGCUGGCCCGCAACUACACGAUUCUCCGGAUUCGCUACGCCCCGGGACUGCCGAAGUGGGAAAAAGUCACCGCUUUCCUGCACGAUUGCCUGGAGCUGCUGUUGCAUCCUGCUGACCCUGUUUGGGUCCUCUUCCUUGUCAGCUGCAUACUGAUCCUCGUUUUCUUGGCUUUUUUGCAGGCCGCCGUCGGACGAAGAGGCCGGAAGAGCGAAGCGCAAAAGGUGUUCUUGCUGUCGUCCGAAGUAGAGGAGCUGCGAAUUAUAGGCAAGAGAGUGUUUAUUUCAGCUACAGAAAAACAAGAGGAGGAGCCGAUGUUGAACCAAGAGGAUGAAGCUAGAAGAAGUACUGAAGAAAUUAUAAAAUCGGCACAGCUAGAAGACGCUGAUGCAACUGUUGCUCCACUAGAAGUUUUGUCGCCAUUUUCAAAACGGAGGGGGCUGUCGGCGGUUGUGGCGGCAGGGCAUCGCAUGUUGGAGAAGUGCGAGACGUACUGCAGGAUAAAAAUUGAGACGAGCUGUGGGGGAUCAUCUUCGAGGGAAAACAUUAAAACGGAGACUAGUAUAAGACUACCGGCGAACAAGAGCGGUAGUGGAUUUGACAGUAGUACUGCCUCGUCUACUUCGCUGGCAGGGAACAAGGGUUAUGAUGUUGGUAAAGAGGAUAUGGAAGACCGGGAGCGAAGAGGGGUUCUGCUCGGCGAUGAAGCUGCACGAGAGACCACACGGCAACAGCUUCAUGGAGGCACAGCAGGCGUUGGGGAAGAUCCCUACAAGGGCAGCUGCGUCCACCAAGUAGGCGCGGACAUUAUUAUUGUCGAAAGAGCACCAAGACCAACAUCAAGGGGAGGCGGAACAGCAGAGACAGACCUGACGAAAGAGCUACCAGUAGAAGAUGAGCAGCGAGGUAGCUGUUCGCCGGGGGACCAAGUACUUCUACACGUUGGCUCUAGACGUACAACAGAUGGCACUAGAACGGAGAAAUCGGCCAUAAGAGGAACUUCUCCCGUCGAAGGUGUUGCGAGGAGGGGAAAAAUGGCACAAAGUGGCUCAAUAGCUGCUGCGGGACAACUCCCUGAGGAUAAGGCUAAGACCAUUAGGAAGAGAGAACAUAAUUCUUGUUACAAACUCUUCUGCUGUUGUUUCCAACAGGAGAACAAGGGGAAACUAAGUGUUGGAGAUACCCAAACAAGAUGAAGCCUCCUGGGUCUUCUGAUGGUCAAGAAACCUCUGCCUUUUUUUCCAGUUCCUACAUGUGCAUUCUGUCGAGCAUUUUUAGAUACUACUUUGAUGUUUCAUGUCUCGAAAUCAAAACGGCGUGAUGCAAUGCCGCGUCGGUU